AUGGUACCAAAGAAGUAUGACUCAUUGCCAAGACGUAGGAGAAGACCAUCACUUUCAUUCGAUAUGUUCCAACAGCAUCAACAACCUCAACAGCAACAACAACAACAGCAACAUAUUCUUCCAACUACACCAAUGCAAUAUGAUGAUACAAUGAGUGAUUAUGAAGAGGAGGAUGAUGAUCCAUCAGGACUAUCUUCCAGCUUCUUCCACAGGAAUAUGAUGCACAUGCCAUUGCCAACAAUGGCUAGCGAGAUGACAUUGGAGGAGGAUAUUGUCUGUACUGUGGCCCGAUCCGCCAUGAUUAUUCCCUUCCAAUUUAGUAAUCAUCGUAGUCCAACAUCCUUUUGGCUUCAAGGUCUACUGGACCGACGUAUCCUUGAUACGGACGGAGUGACACAGUUGUCCGUGUGGACCCAGCUCAAUGAACUACCUCGUGAGAUUGAGGAGCUCAGUCGCCAGUUCAAGAACAAUCUCGGUAUCCAACAUGGCCAGCCAUCCGACUCCAAGUCCACCUGGCGUUGUCGACGUCUCAAGAUGAGUGACAAGGUCAAGGACAUCAUAUUCCCCGAGCCAAAGUUGUGGACUGUGGAGAACAAUGCGGGCGAGGCCAAGGAUAUCUACAAGAAGGUCAAGUUCGAGAGCGUCCACCUCAUCGUCUUGCCGCUGGGCGUGGGCAUCUUGGUGUUCAACAUCGACUGGUUGACCAACUGUCUGCAUCAACAUUGCGAGAAGGACAAGUCUGGCAAGACUACAUCAGCCAGUGACUACCACCAUCACCAUCCUGAGAGCUGUGCAAAGGGCUCCAGUGACCAGUUCCUCUUGGAGGAGUUCAGGACCUGGUUGUACGUCUCAAAGUUCCGUCAUAAGGUACGCAACGUAGCCAACGGAUGGAACUUCAAGCGGGCCACUGAUCCAACGACACCACCAAAGCCUGCACCAGAGGCAGUGUUCAAGCCAUCCAAGGACUACACGUCCAUUCCACCUCCAUCAUACUCUCCACAGCCGCAACAGCAGCAGUCACAGUAUCAACAAUCGUCUCAGUUCCCGCCUGGUGCCGAUGUUCCGACGCCUGACAAGAGGAUUGAGGCACAUUACGAGUCGAUUGGAAAGAAGUUGGUCAAGGCGAUAUACGGGGACAAGUUGGUGUCCCUCAACACGAUUGCCAAUUGGCUGCUUCUGUUGUCUGAUGAGAAGGCUAACAAGAUCUUGCCAAAGGUUGGCACUGGCAGUCGUGCAUACCAUCACUCGACAGUCGUGUUGGAUAGGAAGCCAAACAACAAGACGUUGCACACCUACUUGUUCCAUCUUCGUCGCGCACUCGGUCAGAAGAACCGUCCUCCAUUGACAGAGUUCAACGAUGACAAGAAGGGCUUGUUGGACCGAGUCUUGAUCCCUCGUAUGAACAGGUACAUUGGCAUAUCUCGUGAAGGUAUUGCCUGCAUCACAUGGGCCACAGAGGAUGCCGACAGGAACAACGUGCUCAACUGGUACAACAAGUUCCAGGGAGUCUACCUCGUGCUGGGACUGCAUGCACAUGCUGAGCGUGCAGUCCUCGAGGAGCUGAGCACCAUGGCGUCGCUACAGGCAGAGAACAUGAAGCUGGAGAUUGAGCGCACCAACCUGGAGGAGCUGGCCACAUCCAGGAGACAGCUGAGAGAGCUGGCCACACUAGUCGCACGUUUCACCAUAUCGAUGAGCAGCGAUGACUGUGGUGGCCAAUCAGAGUUCUCCGAGUUCUUCUUGACAAUGCGACAGGUGUUUGGCAUACCAUCACAGAGAAAGGAGUUGCGUGAGGAGCUAGAGGACACUCUGGCAUUGCUCGAGAAUGACUACCUGGAGGAGCGUCGCAAGAUCAAGAUUGAGGAACAACGUGAAGAGAGGACAGAGAAGGAUCGUGCCAGAGUCCAGAAGUUAAAGAAGGAGAGUGCCAAGACACUCUAUGAGUUCCUAAUCUCUGCCUUCUCCUCAUUCACUAUACCAAUAGUGUUGAUAUCAUCAAUCUAUGGAAUGAACUUGGCUGAUCUGCCGAUAUUACCAUUCUGGGCGAUGAUAUUGAUUAUGAUGGUGAUGUCCUUGUUCCUGUUGACUCUGAUCAUGUUGUUCAAGAGGAGGAUCGAUAGGAAUAUUGAUCAAGCAGGAGACUAUAAUAUUAGAGCGCCAAUAUAG